AUGUCAGAGCAAAAACGUAUACGGUUAUCAGGAGCUGCAUAUCGAAAACAAAAAUUAAAACGUGAUGAAGAAAUUAAAAAAAACUCUGGUUCCUUUGAAAAAUAUUUGAAAAAAAAUAAUGAAGUUUUAAAUAAUCCAGAAACACAUUCUAAAAUUAUUUCAGAAGAACCAAAUACCUUAGAAGUUACUGACAGUUUAAAAGAAGUUGGUAACUCAGAACAAAUUUCCGAUAGCAUUGACAUUUUCAAUAAUGAAAUAAACAUAACGUUGGAAGAAAAUGCGAAAAUUCGAAUUAUUUUAACUAUGCCCGUGUCGGUCGCAUCUGGUGAACGGAGCUUUUCAAAAUUAAAAAUAAUUAAAAACUAUUUGAGGUCUUCUAUGAAUCAAGAAAGGUUAAGUGAUCUUGCUACAAUUUCUAUUGAAAAAGAAGUAAUGGAAAAUCUGGAGUUCAAAAAUUUACUGAUUGAUUUUGCCCAAGAAAAGGCUCGCAAAAUUAAUUUUAUUUAA